AUGAGGAUGAAGAGGGGGGGGGUUAAGAAGAAGAAUUUGAAGAACAGGAAGAAGAAGACUAUGAAGAAGAAGAAGAAGAAGAAGAAGAAGAAGAAGAAGAGGUGCGGUACAAAACCGUCGACGCCCGUUCAUGGCGCGACACCAAACCACCGCCCCUCCCCUGCAGGGUGCGAUAUAAAACCGUCGACGCCCGUUCAUGGCGCGACACCAAACCACCGCCCCUCCCGUGCAGGGUGCGGUAAAAAACCGUCGACGCCUGUUGAUGGCGCGACACCAAACCACCGCCACUCCCCUUCAGGGUGCGGUACAAAACCGUCGACGCCCGUUAAUGGCGAGACACCAAAACACCGCCGCUCCCCUGCAGGGUGCGGUACAAAACCGUCGACACCCGUUCAUGGCGCGACACCAAACCACCGCCGUUCCCCUGCAGGGUGCGGAACAAAACCGGCGACGCCCGUUCGAGGCACGACACCAAACCACUGCCGCUCCCCUGCAGGGUGCGGUACAAAACCGUCGACGUCCGUUAAUGGUGCGACACCAAACCACCGCCACUCUCCUGCAGUGCGCGGUACAAAACCGUCGACGCCCGUUCAUGGCGCGACACCAAACCACCGCCGCUCCCCUGCAGGGUGCGGUACAAAACCGUUGACGCCCAUUAAUGGCGAGACACCAAACCACCGCCGCUUCCCUGCAGGGUGCGGUACAAAACCGUCGACGCCCGUUAAUGGCGCGACACCAAACCACCGCCACUCCCCUGCAGGGUGCGGUACAAAACCGUCGACGCCCGUUAAUGGCGAGACACCAAACCACCGCCGCUCCCCUGCAGGGUGCGGUACAAAACCGUCGACACCCGUUCAUGGCGCGACACCAAACCACCGCCGUUCCCCUGCAGGGUGCGGUACAAAACCGGCGACGCCCGUUCGAGGCACGACACCAAACCACUGCCGCUCCCCUGCAGGGUGCGGUACAAAACCGUCGACGCCCGUUAAUGGUGCGACACCAAACCUACGCCACUCUCCUGCAGUGCGCGGUACAAAACCGUCGACGCCCGUUCAUGGCGCGACACCAAACCACCGCCGCUCCCCUGCAGGGUGCGGUACAAAACCGUUGACGCCCAUUCAUGGCGCGGCAUCAAACCACCGCCCCUCCCCUGCAGGGUGUGGUACAAAACCGUUGACGCCCAUUAAUGGCGAGACACCAAACCACCGCCGCUUCCCUGCAGGGUGCGAUACAAAACCGUCGACGCCCGUUUAUGGCGCGACACCAAACCACCGCCACUCCCCUGCAGGGUGCGAUACAAAACCGUCGACGCCCGUUAAUGGCGCGACACCAAACCACCGCCGCUCCCCUGCAGGGUGCGAUACAAAACCGUCGACGCCCGUUAAUGGCGCGACACCAAACCACCGCCGUUUCCCUGCAGGGUGCAGUACAAAACCGUCGACGCCCGUUCAUGGCGCGACACCAAACCACCGCCGCUCCCCUGCAGGGUGCGGUACAAAACCGUCGACGCCGACGCCCGUUCAUGGCGUGACACUAAACCACCGCCCCUCCCCUGCAGGGUGCGGUACAUUUGUUUGUUAUGACAUCAUGCUCAGUGUUUAUUUCAAUAUUGUGCUCCGAUUGGAUUAG